CAGAUUGUAGACAAAUUCUUAUACUGUGCUAACUCUUCAAAGCAAACAGGAGGUUCGAAGAAAAUUAAAGAAGCAAACCUUCCAUCACACACUCACACAGGAACUACAAACACAACAGGUAGUCAUUCACAUUCAAUAACAAAAAGAGGUUAUACAAAUCUUGCAGCAGGUUCGGAUAGACAGGGAAUGAAUAGAUAUGAUAUUUCAAGUGACCCAGUAGAUUCAAGCGCAGGUAUUUUCUGUGGAACCACAGGAAAUCAUUCCACACACUUUCACAACAAAUCCAACAGGCUUGGGUGCAGAUUACAUGCCACCAUUUGUGACUGUAUUUGCAUGGUACCGCGUUCAAUGA